ACCAUUCAAGCAAUUAUGAGUGAUCUACAAUCUCAAGAAGGACAGACUCCUGUUCCAGUUGUCAUGGAUGACACAAGUGAGCAGGAGAUGGAUUCAGCUGAUGAGUCGAUGUCCAAUGAGAUGCUGGCUACAACAGAUGAAAUAUCGAAAAUAUCAACUGUUACAGGCCGGAGGAUCAGACGCUUCAAGCACGAGUGGCUGAAAAAGUUCUGGUUCCUGCGCUAUUCACCUACUCUAAAUGAAAUGUGGUGCCAUGUCUGUAGGCAGUACACUGUACAGUCCUCCAGGACAUCAGCCUUCAUCUUAGGUUCUAAGCAGUUCAAAAUCCACACUAUCAAGCUUCAUGCCCAGAGUAAUCUUCAUAAGAAAUGUUUACAGCUUUAUAAGCUGAGGAUGCAUCCAGAAAAAACAGAAGAGAUGUGCCGGAAUAUGACGCUGUUAUUUAAUGUAGCCUAUCACAUAGCCUCUGAAGGAAGGCUUUUUUCAGAUUUCAGAUCAUUGGCUGAACUGCUGAAAAAGUGUGACUUAAAGAUCGUUGACCAAUACUUGAAUGAGGGAGACUGUCAAACGUUAAUUCAUCACAUUGCAAUGUCUCUUCGUGAGGACCUCUUUGAGAGGCUUAGGGUGUCGCCAUUUAUGAGUGUGAUUUUGGAUGGGCAAACAGAUGACUUGGUUGCUGAUAACGUAGCUAUAUACAUUCAGUACAUAACUAAUGAAGGGCCAGCUGCUACAGAGUUACUGUGCCUACAGGAAUUGAGUUCUGUUACAGUGGAUGGUUAUACUCAAGCACUGGAUAGGGCCCUUGGUGGCAUAGGGAUCAAAUGGAAAGAGGAAAAAAUAAUUGUAGGACUGGGGUUAGAUGGAACUAAUAUGACAACAGGACUAAGGGCGGGUUUAGCCAUGAAGAUCAAAAAAGCUCUGCCUUGGCUACUCUCUGUUCCAUGUGUGAUACAUAGGCCUCACCUGGAGGUAUUGGAUGCUAUUAGUAACAAGGAACUAACCUGUUUGGAAGAACUAGAGAAUAACUUAAAACAGUUGCUGAGUUUUUAUCGUUACUCCCCCAAACUUAUGUGUGAAUUAAGAGCUACUGCAGCGACACUUUGUGAGGAGACAGAGUUCCUUGGUGACAUUCGAGCUGUCAGAUGGAUCAUUGGAGAGCAGAAUGUCUUGAAUGCAUUGAUCAAGGAUUAUUUGGAAGUGAUAGCUCAUCUUAAAGAUGUUAGUGGUCAGGCCCAUAAAGCAGAUGCUGCUGCCAUUGCUUUGGCUCUGCUGCAAUUUCUGAUGGACUAUCAGUCAGUUAAGCUGAUCUAUUUUUUGUUAGAUGUCAUUGCUGUACUUACGCGGUUGGCAUUUAUUUUCCAGGGUGAGCACUUUCUCAUUACCCAUGCAGACGACAAGAUUGAAGAAGCUAUUGAAGAAAUAAGUAGAUUGAUGGAAUCGCCAGGAGAGUACUUACAAGAGUUUGAGGAGACCUUUCAUGAAAACUUCCAUGGUGUUCCUCUGAAAAACCUAAGAGUAGCAGAGGCCAAGUUUAAUUCAAUAAGAGAGAAGAUUUGCCAAAAAACUCAGCUCAUUCUAGCUCAAAGGCUGGAUUGCAAUAGCCGUGCAAUCAUUAGAGCAUGUCAAGUGUUUGAUGUUGCUACGUGGCCGCAAAAUGAGGAAAAUCUGAUGAGUCAUGGUGAAGAAGAAAUCAUGCACAUAUAUAAGCACUUUGAAGUAAUUCCAUCUUUUACAAAGGAAAUUGGACAAGAUGGCAGAGACAUUCGGGGUCAUUUAUUGCAGGAAUGGAGAGAGCUCAAAUCUGAGUGUUACAACAAGAAUGGUUUCAAGGAGUUGAGCCGACACAUUUUUAAGUAUAAACAAAGAUUCCCAAUACUAAAUAGGAUUAUUCAAUUGUUGCUUGUUUUGCCAACUUCAACAGCAGUUUGUGAGAAAAGUCGUGGUGCCUUUUACCGGAUACGUAACAAUAACAGGUCUCGACUUAACCUUGACCAACUUAAUGACCUUCUGACUAUUGCUGUUAAUGGACCACCCAUUGCAAGCUUUGAGGCAAAGAGAGCACUGGACUGUUGGUUUGAAGAGAAGUCAGGAAACAGGUAUUCUUUGUCACCAGAGAUGUUAAGCAGAGUUACUUCACUGGACCAGAAGCCAAUGUUACAUGGCCUAGAGUUGGGAACUGAUGGUGUAACAGAUAUUUAUGAAACCAUAAUGUAAAUGGUUGGUGCUUUUAAAUACUUAUAAUAUUAUUUUCUCCAUUUAAUGGGACAAACACAAAACACGUUGGUACUUUUUGAAAAUGACAUUUUGUGACAUGCAAGUACAGAUACCAGACCAGUGAAUUCACUAGAAAUUUGGUAAAAUUUCACCAGUCAGCCAACUUUUAGGAUCCAUUUCCUAGAUUUAUUGUCACCUUUAGAAAAUCAGAUAUUGAAAAUUAAAAUAACCUGCGUGAUAUGGUCUGCUAAAAUGUUGGUGCUGUUUUGUCACCAAAGCUAUUGACUGCAGUUUGCUUUUAGUAAUGCAAACAUUAGAUAAUAAGCAAAGUCAUUAUAAUUUUUUUUGAAAACUGUGGUUAUUUAUGCUGCCUAAGACUGACACAGGGUCACCUUGAUCAGUCUUUAACUAACCUCUUAUUUACAUAAACAAUAAAUAAU